GAAAAAAAUGGCGGACAUCGAUGACAUCGAAGACAUUCAAGACAUUCAAGAAGCGGAAGCCAUGUUUGAAGCCGUCUCGUAUCUGGCAGCCAAGUCGAAUAACUUUGUCCUGAACGAGUGCUCGCUCAUGGCCAACGAUGAUCCCAAAGAGAAAGACGAGAAUGGGAACGAGAAAACUCGACGACAAGCGCCUAUCGGAGUCAGGCACAAAGAUGAUGGAGUUCAAACACCCGAUAGAUUCUCGUGGGCUCACAGUUUGGACAAGUGGUACGCCGUCUGGAUUUGGGCUGGCAUCCCAGCCGUCCAGAUCAUGACCCAAAGUCGGCUCUCCAUGGCACUAGGAUAUGUCGGUCAAGAGAAGCCUGUCUCUCUACGGAACAUACUCAAGGUGACCGACGAACUCGACUACUCAUAUGGACCGACAGUUGCUCCUAUUGAAAAGAGUUACGAUAUUAGCUCCGUAGAAUCCUUCGAGCUCGAGCACCGAAUAUCUCUACCGGAUGUGAUCCUCGUCGAGACACUUCCCAAAAUGGAGCGUGAAUAUGUAUCAAGCAAUGAGCAAGAAUAUGAGUCCGAGACACAAACCUUUGAAAGGAUACUUCCACCUCCUGAUACCCAACCCAACGAAGCAAGUUUAGCGGUCAAAAUUACCUUCUCUAGCCAUGAAACUGAUAGAGUAGGUCAUGGUAACAGCGCUCAGGUGUUUCGGGUCAUGAUGGAACACCCAGAGAUCACUACGGAACACGGUGACAACACCCGCGCCAAAGAUUUUGUGUCCAACGAAGGGAACUCGUACGCCAUCAGUCCAGACUAUCUAUCCGAAGCAAGAGAAGGUUAUAUUCAAACCAAGCCUAUCCACCAGCCUCAACCGUGUGUUGCGGCUAUGCCUAAAUUCUAUGGCAUGUACAAGGACAAGAAUGGCCAAUUGAUGCUACUUCUCGAGGAAUGUGGGACACCUAUUCGACCUGAAAAGCUAAAGCCUCACCACAAGUAA